UGAAGUGUAUUUAUGAGUAUCUCACUGUGUUAUUUGUGUGUUUGACAGUCCCAUAUUUUUAGUGUUUGCUUGCCAUGUUUUUUACUAAUCAAACUCAGUUAAAUACCACUGUAAGUCUGCAGCGUGAGGGACUUCUGGGGAUACUGACAGCUUCCAUUAUGACAACAUUGCAGUGCGCCGUGUUUCUCUUCAUCAACAUGACCAUGUUAUACACUUUGAGAAGCAAACAGGUGUUUCGGGAGACGUCUCGAUAUAUUCUGCUGUUUAACCUUCUCUUUGCAGACACUGUCCAGCUGGCACAAAGUCAGUCAAUGUUUCUGCUGUCUUCUUUUAGAUUGACAUUGCUCUAUCCUGUCUGUGCUGCCCUAACAGCAUUCAGCAGCUUAACGCUCUCUGCCUCUAUUGUUACACUGGUGAUUAUGUGUUUGGAAAGGUACAUAGCUGUAUGCUAUCCUUUGAGACACAGUGCCAUCAUCACUAUCAGAAGCACAGGAGUGGUUAUCUGUGUUAUUUGGUGCGUCAGUUCAUUGCAUGUCAUUGCACAAUUAAGUUUAAUGUUAAAGUUUUCGUUCCAAGACCUGCAGCACGAACAGAUGAUGGAUUUUUGUGGAAAAGAGAGUGUGUUUCUCGAUCCGGUGUCUGCUCUCUAUGACAGAGCUUUCACUUAUUUUCUGUUUGUGCUCGGAGGUGUAACUGUCACUUUCUCCUACACUGGCAUCAUUGUAGCGGCUCACUCUGCCUCCACUGACAAAGCAUCAGCCAGCAAGGCUCGAAGGACCCUGCUGUUGCAUCUGCUGCAAAUGGGCCUGACAAUGUCCUCAACAAUAUACAACUCAUUGAUUAUAGCCAUCUCAAAGAAUCUAGGGAGAGUUGAAGCUGUGCGUAUCCAGGUCUUUCUUUAUAUUUGUAUAAUUGUUCUUCCCAAAUGUCUGAGUUCCCUCAUCUAUGGGCUCAGAGACCAGACUAUCAGACCCAUCCUCAUGUUGAAUCUUAGCUGCCAGUGGAGAGGCUCGGCUUUAAAACCUGCUGUGCAAACCGAGAAAAAAAUCAAAGUUCUAGUUACUUAAUGUGAAUGUUAUUUAGUGUGUUCAACAUCAAUUUUUAAAGAAAAAAAGAUUAUUUAGACAAACAUGUUUUUGUAAUAUUUGAAGUAUAUUCUAAUAGUCAAAUGUAUCAUGCACUGCUUUACGUGUUCCUCUGUAAUUUUGUACUGUAGUAAUACCGUAUGUAACACUGGAAGGAGUAAAAUUUUGCUGUCAUUAAUACAUACAUUUUUGGCAUUGUCAGACUGCUUAAGGCUUAAAAACAAAUUUAUAAAAUCAUUUUAUUAUAUGCAUUAUGGUGUGAGAUUCAUAAAUCUAAAGCUCAAUUAACUCAUCACUGCAUUGAAAGCU